GUGGGGGAGGCCUGAGCGCCUGAGGCUUAAAUCGACAUUCACCCCUGGCAGGAAAAUGAGCAUGUCAGUGUCCGUCUCCAUCAGACCUUGAACCCACAGGAGCAGGGGAUUUCGGUAGCAUUUUAAUUCUGUAUCUCAGGGACCUGAAGGCAAAAGUUGGUGGAAGGCCAGGCCAGCUGCGCACACUAGCAAUCCGCCCAGAACGGAGGCAGGAGCAGGGCCUCCCGGCCACUUGCUGCUCACCUCCAGGGACUUCCAGGGUCUCCUCCGACCCCGUCACCCCGCCCGCCAGCCACCUCCCGCUGGCCCCGAAGGUGUCACGUGGCGGCGGGGGCCCGCCCCCAAUGACGUCACCGCGCUCGCAGCCGUCGCGCUGAAGAAAGGAUGCUCUAGGAUGCUGUGCAGGUGGGCGGCUGGGCUGCGCCAUGCGGCACUGCAGGUUUUCUCUCCCAGGUGUAAGUAGCAUGGUCAAUGAGGGAGCGAUGAGUGGCUCUGGAAACCUGAUGGAUUUCCUAGAUGAACCGUUCCCUGAUGUGGGGACGUAUGAGGACUUCCACACCAUCGACUGGCUAAGGGAAAAGUCACGGGACACUGACAGACACAGAAAGAUAACCAGCAAAAGCAAGGAGUCCAUAUGGGAGUUCAUCAAGGGCCUGCUGGAUGCCUGGUCGGGAUGGGUAGUGAUGUUGCUCAUCGGCCUGCUGGCAGGCACCUUGGCUGGGGUCAUCGAUCUCGCCGUCGACUGGAUGACCGACCUGAAGGAGGGGGUGUGCCUGUCUGCCUUCUGGUACAGCCACGAGCAGUGCUGCUGGACUUCCAACGAGACCACUUUUGAGGACAGGGACAAGUGUCCCCGGUGGCAGAAAUGGUCGGAGCUCCUGGUGAAUCAGUCAGAGGGUGCCAGUGCUUACAUUCUGAAUUACCUAAUGUACAUCCUGUGGGCCUUGCUGUUUGCGUUUUUGGCCGUCUCCCUGGUGCGCGUAUUUGCACCCUAUGCCUGUGGCUCUGGUAUACCAGAGAUAAAGACCAUUCUGAGCGGCUUUAUCAUCAGGGGCUACUUGGGCAAGUGGACCCUGCUCAUCAAGACUGUCACCCUGGUGCUGGUAGUAUCCUCGGGCCUGAGCCUUGGGAAAGAGGGGCCACUGGUGCACGUGGCUUGUUGCUGCGGCAACUUCUUCAGCAGCCUCUUCUCCAAGUACAGCAAGAAUGAAGGCAAGAGACGCGAGGUGCUGUCAGCUGCAGCGGCUGCUGGUGUCUCCGUUGCCUUUGGCGCUCCUAUCGGGGGUGUGCUUUUCAGUCUAGAAGAGGUCAGUUACUACUUUCCCUUGAAGACCUUGUGGAGGUCCUUUUUUGCGGCCUUGGUAGCGGCUUUCACGCUGCGAUCCAUCAAUCCUUUUGGAAACAGCCGCCUCGUUCUCUUUUACGUGGAAUAUCACACGCCCUGGUACAUGGCUGAGCUCUUUCCCUUCAUCCUGCUGGGGGUCUUUGGGGGCUUGUGGGGGACCCUCUUCAUCCGCUGCAACAUCGCCUGGUGCAGGAGGCGCAAAACCACCAAGCUGGGGAAGUACCCGGUGCUGGAGGUCAUCGUGGUGACUGCCAUCACUGCUAUCAUUGCCUACCCCAAUCCCUACACACGCCGGAGCACGAGCGAGCUCAUUUCCGAGCUGUUCAAUGACUGCGGGGCCCUUGAGUCCUCCCAGCUCUGUGACUACAUAAACGACCCCAACAUGACCCGGCCUGUGGAUGACAUCCCUGAUCGGCCGGCUGGGUUUGGGGUGUACACGGCCAUGUGGCAGCUGGCCCUGGCACUCAUCUUCAAAAUCGUCAUUACCAUAUUUACCUUUGGCAUGAAGAUCCCAUCCGGCCUCUUCAUCCCUAGCAUGGCUGUGGGAGCAAUGGCCGGCAGGAUGGUGGGGAUCGGCGUGGAGCAGCUGGCCUACCAUCACCAUGACUGGAUCAUCUUCAGGAACUGGUGCAGGCCUGGAGCAGACUGUGUUACCCCAGGACUUUAUGCAAUGGUGGGAGCCGCGGCCUGCCUAGGAGGAGUUACCAGGAUGACGGUGUCGUUGGUGGUCAUCAUGUUUGAAUUAACAGGGGGUCUAGAGUACAUUGUGCCCCUGAUGGCGGCAGCCGUGACCAGCAAGUGGGUAGCUGAUGCCUUUGGGAAAGAAGGCAUCUACGAGGCUCACAUCCACUUAAACGGGUACCCAUUUCUGGACGUGAAGGACGAGUUCACCCACCGCACGCUGGCCACGGACGUCAUGCGGCCGCGGCGGGGAGAGCCGCCACUGUCUGUGCUCACCCAGGACAGCAUGACCGUCGAGGAUGUGGAGACACUCAUCAAGGAGACUGACUACAAUGGCUUCCCCGUGGUGGUCUCCAGGGACUCUGAGCGCCUCAUUGGAUUUGCGCAGAGGAGGGAAUUGAUUCUUGCAAUAAAGAAUGCCAGACAGAGGCAGGAGGGCAUCGUGAGUAAUUCCAUCAUGUACUUCACGGAGGAGCCCCCCGAGCUGCCGGCCAACAGCCCUCAACCCCUGAAGCUGCGGCGUGUCCUGAACCUCAGCCCUUUCACAGUCACAGACCACACGCCCAUGGAGACGGUGGUGGACAUCUUCCGGAAACUGGGGCUCCGGCAGUGCCUGGUGACGCGGAGUGGGAGACUUCUUGGCAUCAUCACAAAAAAGGAUGUUCUGAGACAUAUGGCCCAGAUGGCAAACCAGGACCCUGAAUCCAUCAUGUUUAAUUAGAAACAAGAUGGCACUUAUUUUGAGAAAAACACAACUGUGUCAUUUUUAAAGAAAUAAACAAAUGAUAUGUUAUUAUCCUAAUGAACUAUCAUGUGCUGGGGGCAGCGGAAACAAAAGCUUUGUUUGAAAGGAAGGAAAGAAAGAUGAAACCUUAUUUAAAAAAACAAAUCAAUGAGUAGGCAUUUUAUAGCUUUAACCCCUUAUGAGUUUUAAGCUGUGUUUCUUAAUGAGUUUACUAACUGCUAUGGGGGCAUGUGGGUGGGUGUAAACGAUGUGGUUUGUAAAAGGACAGAACACAAAUGCUGAAUCAAGAAAUGUUUGCCCUUCUUUUCAAGGCUGAUGUUUCUGAAGCUUUGAAUCCAAAGGGGUAUUGGCGUGUCAGCGUCCUUAUUUAUUGAUUCCUGAAGUUUUGCUGCUAUGUUACUGAAUCAGACUAAAGGUAUUUGCACGCACUUUGUUGGAAAAGAAAAAGAAAUUACAUUUGAAUAUAGUGAAAGCUGCAGGUAUGCUGGUGGGUUCACUCAUGACCAUCCCGUUUCUUGCUCACAUUCUCAGCCUAUUAUUCUGCUUGUCCAUCAGUUUCUAAACCAACAUCAGGCUCAACUGCUCUGAUGGGCAUGAAGAAAUCACUUCUCUAUGCAAGACCAGCAUCUUGGGACUGCCUGAUGAACUAUUGGAGCACUUAGUGCUGUACUCUAUUUCCUCCCCUACAAAGAGAUUCAUCUGUAUUGUUAGAAUAUGCUCACCCAGUCAUUGAUUUACGUCCCUAUUGCAUUUGCUUCACUUAUUUAUAGCUGUUGCCUGUGCAUUCUUAAAUACUGAUCAGUCCACUUUCUAUGGGCCAUAUCCUAUAUGCUGCCAGCUUGCCAUAAGUGUGCUUUAAUUUCUGAAUAGCAUAUACAAGAGUCAAAACAGUCUACCCAGUGUUACUACUUACUUUUCCUCUCAGAUCUUAUUAAAUACGGCUGCAGUGAGGGUGAGGCAUACGAGUUCUCAGUGGGAAUUCCUCCAAAUGGAUUGCAAGAGAAAUACUAAAUUGAUUCUAAAUCUGUUCCAUUCCCUUCUCUGUAGGAUGCAAAAUGCCCAGCUGUAAUGUGUAAGCAUGCACGUUCAUACCAGCAAUCAAAGCACAGAAGGACAGAGUUAAAUUUUAGACAGCCAAUUUGAGCAUCGGGUAUCUUUAUAUUGAACCUAAUGAUGCAUUUCUUCUUUUAGUCAGGACUUCUGUCUUUUCUGGGAGAAGGAAUUAAGCUGUGUUGUUUUUUUUUUUUGGUCCACUGUCAUCUGCAUGAGAGUUAUCCCGUGUGCCCUUUCUCUUUAGUCUUUGUUCUUUCCUUUUCACUGCAUUGUCCUCAGUCUUUUCUGUCUCUUUCUUGGAUAUUGAUGUAUCAGGAAUGCAUUUGGCUGCAAAUCAUAGAAAACCCAAGGAACAGCAAUGAGCUGACUAGGAAACCUGGGGCUGGGUUCUCAGGGCUAUCUCUAUAAUGUCAUCACGGGUCCACACUUUUCGGUAUUUUUCCCACCAUCCUUUGUCCUUUGGCUUACUGCCCAUAGUCACAAGAUGGCUACUGAAUUGCCAGGUAUGAUGUCUGCUUUCUAAGCAUGAAGAGGAGGAAGAGGCAAAUAACAGGUGCAGUGAUAACAUCAGGAAGGCAAAGCUCUCCCAGAGAUGCCCGCUUUCCCCCAUUGGCUAGAAUCCUGUCACAUGGCUCCCCCAGCUGCAUGUGAGUCUGGGAAGGACUGUGUUUGGCAUGGUGUAUUACCCCCUGAACAAGAUAUAGAUUCUCUUAAUAAGAAAGCAGGGAUUGGUCCUUGGAAGGGGAGUGUUGUCUGCUAUAUUGGAUGCCAUCAUUGUGUCCCUGUCAUUGUCCUUCCUGUCUUCUUUACUUUUUCUUGCUCUUCUAAGAUUUGACAGAGAACUCCCAAUCAGAAUCCAUCAUUUCUGACUCUAAUAAAAAUGUUCAUUUUGGAUAUAAACCUAGCUACAAGCAGGUUUCUGUGAAAACUUCUAAUUGAUGUAAGAACAUAGACUAAUAUGUUCUCUGGGUUAAAAAUAAAUGUUAAAGUCCGAUCAUGCUGACAAACUAUGGAAAAUUUGUUUCUGUAAUUGGUCCCCUACAAAAUAAUAUCAGAUAGCCAUUUCAGCAUGGAAAUAUUGGUCAAUAGCAGAGAAUUCAGUCUUUGGACCUACGAUAGAAUGAAAUUUGUUGUCUCAUUUGCAGUACGUAGAUCCUAAUAUUAAUGUUGUUAUUGGGUUUCCAUGGAAUAUAUGCAAAUGAGGCUGGUUUCUCCUGGACUUUAAAUCCUGAAAAGUCUUAAGGAUUGCUUUAUGUAGUUCCCCUUUUAUCCCCAUGUGGCCUCCCAAACGAGUAUUAGUAAUAGCCUGGAUUUAGAUAAUCCAGGAUGCCCUUUUAGCUGAACAAGGAGCUUCAAAAGGCAACAUGAAGCAGUGAAUAGGCAGCCAAAGGUCAAUGACAUCACAGAAUUUUGUCCUCCAGCUGAGGCCAUGGAAGGAUGAGGGGAUAGUUUAUGCUGGGCCAAGGUCACCGAGGGCAGUUGUGUCUGAAUUCACAGGAAAACAGUUGGGAGGAGUGUUAACUUGACUUAAAUAACCUAACCUUGUUUUCCUUCACAAGUUGAACCUCUGAUUUGUUGUGGGGUUCAGGCUUUCCUCAACGGAAGGCCAGGGUCACACAGGCAAGUUAAGGUCAAGGAUGGGGGAGUUUGCAAUUCGGGACUACUAGAGCCAAUUGCCUUCCUCCUCUGGAGCCUUAACUCAGCCCUUGCAGUCCACUCAGCCAUUGGCCAAACUCCAUGGGGAAUGUGACACCAAGCUCUUUGUCCCUGUUUCUUGGGUAGGGAUAGGGAUUGGGUACAUGGGCAGGGAUUCUGAAGGUAUUUGCUGUAUCCAAAUGUAGAACUUCAUCCACUUUGCCUGGUGAUCGGAUGAGCAAGAUGAAUAGAGAUGGGAUGUGGAGAUGAAACCAACUUUUUCCAGAAUAAUGUUUUUCUUUUUCUUUUCCAGAGCUUUAGACAUUUGUAGAACUUUCUGGAUUCUUUCUGAAUCAGUUUUUAUGUAAAUAAACAAAUACAUAAUGGAAAAGGAGUCUCUAACGAGGCACAUCAACCUAUUUGUUGCUCUCCCUCUCUGUUACUAAGGAACUGUGUUGUAAAAGGACAGACACCAAAUAAAGAGUGUACCGAAA